GCCCCGGACGCCAUCGGCCCCGAUAGAUCGCGAGGGGUGUGACGCCACACCGGGUUGCAUGGACGGAUAAUGCCAGAGCUGCGGAGUGGUGUGCGGAGAGCUCGUUUGAGGUCCGACGUGCAGGCUGCAGACCGAGUAGCCGCUCCCGUGUCGCCGGCUGCGCGGGGUGGGAGGGGCGGAAGGCGUGCCGGUGCGGCUGGCAGGGGCACCAAGAAAGCAACUGCUGCGGGAAGAGCAAGGGCAGCUCCAAAGGCUAGAGGAAAGAGGAUCGAGGCUAUCGACUUGGAGACUGAGCAACCCUCGCAGGACCUCCUCCCUGAAGCUGUCGCAGUAGACGCAGCUGUUGCCAGAGCCAGGCAGGACCUUGCUUUGAACAAGGUAGCUGACGCGGCCGCUAACCUCAAGAUGGAGGGUGCAAGUGGUGACAGGCUCGCGGCGGCUGAAGAUGAAGCCACGACGACGCCUGUGCCUGAGAGGGUUCAAGUAGGCAGCUCUCCAGAAUAUAUAACUGAUCGGAAGUUGGGUAAAGGUGGAUUCGGCCAGGUCUAUGUUGGCAGAAGAAUAACUGGCGGAGCUUCACGUAUGGGUCCAGAUGCAUAUGAGGUUGCACUAAAACUGGAGCAUCGAAGAAGCAAAGGAUGUAGCUAUGGCCCCCCGUUCGAGUGGCAGGUUUAUCAGUCUCUCAAUGGUUGUUAUGGCAUACCAUCAGUCCACUACAAGGGUCGCCAGGGAGACUACUACAUCCUUGUAAUGGAUAUGCUUGGUCCUAGCCUCUGGGAUGUUUGGAAUUCAAUGGGACAGGCGAUGUCAUCUCAUAUGGUUGCUUGCAUUGCUGUUGAGUCCAUAUCGAUCCUUGAGAAACUUCACUCAAAAGGUUUUGUCCAUGGAGAUGUAAAGCCAGAGAACUUUUUGCUUGGCCAACCUGGAUCACCUGAUGAGAAGAAGCUUUUCCUCAUUGAUCUUGGUUUAGCAUCCAAGUGGAAAAAAGCAUCAUCAAGUCAGCAUGUUGAAUAUGAUCAGAGGCCAGACAUCUUUAGGGGAACAAUUAGAUAUGCUAGCGUCCAUGCCCAUUUAGGCCGUACAGGUAGUAGGAGGGAUGAUUUGGAGUCACUAGCAUACACCCUUGUUUUUCUAAUUAGAGGAAGAUUACCUUGGCAAGGCUAUCAGGGGGACAACAAGAGCUUUCUUGUUUGUAAGAAGAAAAUGGCUACUUCUCCGGAGGUUCUGAGUAGCUUCUGUCCACCUCCAUUCAAACAUUUUCUUGAGAUGGUCACCAAUAUGAAAUUCGAUGAAGAGCCAAAUUAUGCAAAACUUAUUUCUCUCUUCGAUAGUCUGAUCGAAGUGCCUGCUUCAAGGCCCAUUAGAAUCGAUGGUGCUCUAAAGGUUGGUCAGAAACGUGGAAGGAUGGUUGUAAAUCUUGAGGAAGAGGAACAGCCUAAGAAGAAAGUACGGUUGGGGAGCCCAGCAACUCAAUGGAUUUCAGUUUAUAAUGCUAGGCGACCCAUGAAACAGCGGUACCACUACAAUGUAGCUGAUUCAAGACUGCAUCAGCAUAUAGAAAAAGGCAAUGAAGAUGGCUUGUACAUUAGUUGCGUAGCUUCUUCACAAAAUUUUUGGGCUCUCAUCAUGGAUGCUGGCACUGCCUUUGCUUCUCAAGUUUAUGAGCUUUCACAAAUUUUCCUGCACAAGGAUUGGAUUAUGGAGCAGUGGGAGAAGAACUUCUACAUAACAGCAAUAGCUGGGGCAACCAAUGGAAGCUCAUUGGUUGUCAUGUCCAAAGGGACUCCGUAUACACAGCAGUCAUACAAAGUCAGUGAAUCUUUUCCUUAUAAGUGGAUUAAUAAAAAGUGGAAAGAAGGUUUCCAUGUGACAUCUAUGGGCACUGCUGGGAAUCGUUGGGGAGUUGUCAUGUCGAGGAACGCCGGAUAUUCUGACCAGGUUGUAGAGUUGGAUUUUCUUUAUCCAAGUGAAGGACUCCACAGGCGAUGGGAGACUGGUUACAGAAUAACUUCAUCUGCAGGCACUCCUGACCAAGCUGCUUUUAUCUUGAGCAUACCAAAGAGGAAGCCGGUGGACGAGACCCAGGAAACCCUUAGAACUUCUGCUUUCCCCAGCAACCACGUGAAGGAAAAAUGGGCGAAGAACCUGUACAUCGCCUCCAUCUGCUACGGGAGAACCGCGUGCUGACGGCGGUUUGUCGUACUCGAGCUCACUCGAGUUAUUACCACUUAACAGUGGAGCCAGAAGAGAGUUGUGAGAGACGAAACAAACCUGCCUUGACCGUACUUAGGGUCCAAGCGCGACUGGCUGGCACUGGCCUGGCCUCUUUUGGUGGCAAUGCUAUUCUAAUUGUAAAGAAUCUCGCGAGAUGGAUCAAUGUUGUUGUACCAGUUCAUCGGAUAUGAACCUGUCCAUAAGCUGAAGUCGUAUUAUUGGCAACUGCGUUGUUACUCAUUUGUAGCAAUCUAAUAUGAUUCGGCUGCUGUGGCUGCUGUUAAUCUAAGAUCCAACAUUUGGUA